GAAGGUUCUGGAGCGCCGCGGUUUAUAUAAGAGCGACAGCGCGCGCUGCGUUCAGCGGCAGUACAACAGUCACACAAACAGAGAGACGAACCCAACGCGGCACAGCGAGCCGGCUUUUCCUCUUCCUUUAUUCCUUAGCUGAUUCCUGUCAAAGAUGGUUCGAGAAACAGGUUUCUACGAUCUGCUCGGCGUCAGUCCCAAAGCCUCGGUGGACGAGAUCAAGAAGGCAUAUCGGAAACUGGCGCUGAAAUAUCACCCGGAUAAAAACCCGAAUGAAGGCGAGAAAUUUAAACUCAUAUCACAAGCCUAUGAGGUCCUGUCAGAUCCCAAAAAGAGGGAUUUGUAUGACCAAGGAGGUGAACAAGCCAUAAAGGAGGGAGGCAUGGCAGGAGGAGAAUCUCCCAUGGACAUUUUCAACAUGUUUUUUGGUGGUGGAGGCAGAAUGCAGAGAGAAAGGAGAGGUAAGAAUGUGGUUCACCAGCUUGGAGUCACACUGGAGGAAUUAUACAAUGGCUCAACAAGAAAACUUGGCCUUCAGAAGAACGUAAUCUGUGAGAAAUGCGAAGGUUAUGGAGGCAAAAAAGGCACAAUUGAAAAAUGCUCAACCUGCAAAGGAAGAGGGGUUCAGGUCCAGGUGCAACAGAUUGGACCGGGAAUGAUCCAGCAGAUUCAGAGCAUGUGCUCCGACUGCCAAGGACAGGGAGAGAAGUUCAGCUCCAAGGACCGUUGCAAGAACUGCAAUGGACACAAAGUGGAACGCAAGAAGAAGAUUCUUGAAGUCCAUAUUGACAAAGGAAUGAAGGACGGCCAGAAGAUCACAUUCCACGGAGAAGGAGAUCAAGAGCCUGGACUGGAGCCUGGUGAUGUUAUAAUCGUAGUGGAAUUUAAAAAACACCCCGUCUUCCAAAGACGAGAUGACAACCUGAUCAUGAAGAUGAAGAUCAAGCUGGUGGAGGCACUCUGCGGGUUUAAAAGAACUAUUUGUACGCUAGACAACCGAUUGUUGCUCAUCAACUCACCUCCAGGUCAAGUAAUAAAACCUAAUGAUCUAAAAUGUAUUCAUAAAGAGGGCAUGCCUGUGUACAGAGACCCUUAUGAGAAAGGGCUUCUCAUCAUACAGUUUGAGAUCGAGUUCCCAGAUAAACACUGGCUACCUGAGCACAUGCUGCCUGACCUGGAGCAGUUACUUCCAGUCAGAGACCACGUCAUGAUGUCAGAUGAUAUGGAAGAGGUUGACCUGUGUGAAGUAGACUAUGAAAAACAAAAGAGAAACCACAGUGGUGAAGCCUACGAUGAAGACGAAGGCCCCAAGCAUGGCGUCCAGUGCCAGACUCAGUAAAUGUCAUAUAGAAGAAACACUGGUGCAAUACUUGUGUGGCUGCAAAUGUACACUCAAUAUUAGCCCGGUUAAAUUUAGUUCUUGCUGAGCGAUACGUACAGCGAGAAUUUCCUCACCAAGCCUUACGAAACGGACCAUUUUCUUGCCACCAUUGGAAUUCUUCUUUCUGAAGUGUCUAAUGAGGAGGAACCAGGAGUGUUUGGCAGGUACCACCAUAAAUGAGUAUUACCGGACAUUUAAUCAAAGCAACUAUUUUGGAUAAAAAUGUUAGACAUUUACAAAUGGAAUUUAAUAGUGACUUAAAUUUGCAUGUAAAUUAUUCUGUAUGUAUGAGUAUGUUCACUUUUGUAUGUUAAUCUGUAUAUGUGCUUUGGUCAAGAGUGCCUUUUUUUUUUUUUUUUUGCCAGUUGAAAAUCUGUAUUUGUACAUUUUCUAAGAAUGUGACACACCAUAUGUUUAAUGUCUUGUUUCCUUAU